AGACUGAAGCCCAGUUGGGGGUCUAUGUAAUGGCCCCUGGAAUUGGCUGAGCAGAGAUUUGAACCCUGUUCAGUCUAGUUCUCCUAUAAACAGGCAAGAAAGGGAAGGCGCUGAGCUGGGAACCCCAGCACGGUGUAGUAACCCAAGGAGGCAGGGAGACCCGCUGCCCCAGAGGCUGAGAGCCAUGAACUUGUGUUUAUUUUCCGAGUCUCCCCGAGCUGGUAUGCAGACCUCAUGCCCACCCCUUCCCAGCUUCCUGCGGGGCUGCUGCCCUUCUGAGGCGGGACUGGGGCUCAGGGGUUGAGGUAUCCAUCGGGGAGGCAGGCACCACCCAGCGAGAUGACAGACGCCAGAAGCCCUCCCUGAACAAAGACUGGGAGGGAGGCAGCCUGGUGUGUCCCCACCCCGCCUCCCCCAGCGCCUGCGGAGCCACGACCACAGACAGCGAGGCGGAGCGAGCAUGGCGGGGUCCCCGGCAGCUCCGCCGCCCCUCGUCCUGCAGCUCACCACCUUGGUGAGCCUGGCUCUGGCCCCAGGAAUAGGCGGGGGUGGGGCCUUCCCCAGGGACCCCCCUGGGCAUGCUGACAUCCAUGACGACCAGCAGCGGGCACCAGCCCACUCCUCAGCCCCUGCUGGGGCCCCCCACGAGCAGGAGCACCCCCUGGAGGAACGGUGGGGAAGGCUGGAGGCGGAGGUGAUGAAGCUCAGAGAGCAGAACAGGGAACUGCAAGUGAGGGUGAGGCAACUGGAAUCCUGUGAGUGUCUCCCAGCCUCUCUCCAGUGCUGGGGGCUGGGGCGAGCAUGGCCGGAGGGGGCUCGUUGGGAGCUUGAUGCCUGCACAGUCUGUGUCUGCCAGGACAGGGCGGCACGCUGCAGCCCCAAACCCGGCCUGCCCUGUCGCCGUGGAAGAAUUUCAGCUGGUAGUGCAAAAGGCUGUGAGUAUGAGGGGAAGCUGUAUGAGGAGGGGACCAGCUUCCCGUCCAGCUCCAACCCUUGUCUCUGGUGCUCCUGCCUGAAGAGCCUGGUUCACUGUGUGCCCAUGAGCUGCCCACCCCGCCCCUGCCCUGAAUCAGUCCUGAAGCCUGGGCACUGCUGCCCAGCUUGCCGAGUCUCAGGCUGCACAGAAGGCGGCUCUCGCUGGGAGCAUGGCCAAGAGUGGACCGCACCUGGGGACCCCUGCCGGAUCUGCCAGUGCCUGGAGGGCCACAUCCAGUGCCGCCAGCGAGAAUGCACCAGCCUGUGCCCAUACCCUGCCCGGCCCCUCCCAGGCACCUGCUGCCCUGUGUGUGAUGGCUGUUUCCUAAAUGGGCGGGAGUACCACAGCGGGGAAUCCAUGGGCUCCAAGGACCCCUGUUUGCACUGCCACUGCGCUAACGGGAGUGUCCAGUGUAAACCUCCACCCUGCCCACCUGCACCCUGCAGGCACCCCGGCAGGAUCCCUGGGCAGUGCUGCCCAGGCUGUGAUGGAUGUGAGUUCCAGGGACACCAGUAUCAGAGCAAGGAGACCUUCAGACUCCAGGAGGGUGGCCGCUGCAUUCUCUGCUCCUGCCAGGCUGGCGAUGUCUCCUGUGAGGAGCAGGAGUGCCCGGUUGCCCCCUGCUCCCUGCCUGACUCUGGCCCCCGGCUCUGCCCAGCCUGCACACUCGAUGGAGAGGAGUUUGCAGAGGGCGUCCAGUGGGAGCCUGAUGGUCGGCCCUGCACAGCCUGCUCCUGUCAAGAUGGGGUGCCCGUGUGCGGGGCUGUACUCUGCUCCCCAGUCCCCUGCCAGCACCCUACCCAGCCCCCUGGUGCCUGCUGCCCCGGCUGUGAUAGCUGCACCUACCACGGCCAAGUGUACGCCAAUGGGCAGAACUUCACAGAUGCAGACAGCCCUUGCCACACCUGCCGCUGCAAGGAUGGGACUGUGAGGUGUGUCCUGGUCGACUGCCCUCCCACAACCUGUGCCAGGCCCCAGAGUGGCCCUGGCCAGUGCUGCCCCAGGUGCCCAGACUGCAUCCUGGAGAAACAAGUGUUCGUGGACGGUGAGAGCUUCUCUCACCCCCGAGACCCCUGCCAAGAGUGCCAAUGUCAGGAAGGCCAUGCCCACUGCCAGCCUCGGGCCUGCCCCAGGGCCCCCUGUGCCCACCCGCUGCCUGGUCCCUGCUGCCAGAACGACUGCAAUGGAUGUGCCUUUGGCGGGAAAGAGUACCCCAGUGGAGCAGACUUCCCCCACCCCUCCGACCCUUGCCGCCUGUGUCACUGUCUGAGCGGCAACGUGCAGUGCCUGGCUCGCCGCUGCCCACCGCCGCCCUGUCCAGAGCCAGUCCAGCUGCCAGGAAAGUGCUGCCUGCAGUGUCCCGCCGCCUUCUCCAGCUGCCCGAGGCCCGGGAGCGCGGUCCCUGCCCGGCACCAGGAGCAUUUCUCUGCACCCAACAACCCCUGCCACCGUUGCCUCUGCCUCCAUGGUUCUGUGUCCUGCCAGCGGCUGCCCUGCCCACCUGUGCCCUGUGCCCACCCGCGCCAGGGGCCCUGCUGCCCCUCCUGUGACGGCUGCCUGUACCAGGGGAAGGAGUUUGCCAGCGGGGAGCGCUUCCCUUCACCCACUGCCUCGUGCCACAUCUGCCUCUGCUGGCAGGGCAGCGUCAGCUGCGAGCCCAGGACCUGUGCCGCUGCGCAGUGCCCUUUCCCUGCCAGGGGUGACUGCUGUCCUGCCUGUGAUGGCUGUGAGUAUCUAGGGGAGUCCUACCUGAGCAGCCAGGAGUUCCUGGAUCCCCGAGAGCCCUGCAACCUGUGUGCCUGCCUCAGAGGCUUCGUGACCUGUGGCCGCCGGCCCUGUGAGCCUCUGGGCUGCAGCCACCCGCUCACCCUGCCUGGGCACUGCUGCCCAACCUGCCAGGGAUGCCUCUAUCACGGGGUCGCUGCUGCCCCUGGAGAGACCCUUCCUGACCCGCUUGAUCCCACCUGCUCCCUCUGCACCUGCCAGGAAGGGUCCAUGCACUGCCAGAAGAAGCCAUGUCCUCCAGUCCUCUGCCCCCACCCCUCUCCAGGACCCUGCUUCUGCCCUGUUUGCCACAGCUGCAUCUCCCAGGGCCGGGAGCACCAGGACGGGGAGGAGUUGGAGGGGCCUCCAGGCAGCUGUGAGCGGUGUCGCUGUCAGGCUGGCCAGAUCAGCUGCAUGCGGCUGCGGUGCCCACCCCUGCCCUGCACACAGCAGGUCACAGAGCAGGGAAGCUGCUGCCCUCGCUGCAGAGACUGUGAGCACAAGGGUCGAAAGUAUGAGCCAGGGCAGAGCUUCCAGCCUGGGGCAGACCCCUGUGAAGUGUGCAUCUGUGAGCUGCAGCCUGAGGGGCCUCCCAGCCUUCGCUGUCACCGGAGGCAGUGUCCCAGCCUCGUGAACUGCCCCACCAGCCAGCUCCUGCCCCCUGGGCCCCAGCACUGCUGCCCGACCUGUGCCCAGACACUGAGUGACUGCGCACAGGGCCUGCUGGGGGCUGAGCUGGCCCCGCCCGACCCCUGCCACACCUGUCGGUGCCAGGACCGGACUUGGCUCUGUAUUCACCGGGCCUGUCCUGAGCUCAGCUGUCCCCUGUCAGAGCACCAUACCCCCCCUGGGAGCUGCUGCCCCAUGUGCCUGGAAUGUGUGGUGGAGGCGGAGGGCCGGAGAGUGGCAGACGGAGCAAGCUGGCGGGACUCCAACAACAGCUGCAUUACUUGCACCUGCCAUGGGGGCCACGUGGAGUGUCACCAGGAGGAGUGCCAGGCCCUCUCCUGUCCCUACGGCUGGGCAAAGGUGCGAGAGGCUGGCAACUGCUGUGAAAGAUGCCAAGCCCCUGCCCAGUCGUGUACACACCAGGGCCGGGCAGUGGCCUCUGGGGAGCGGUGGGCCGUGGAUGCUUGCACCAGUUGCUCUUGCGUGGCUGGCACCGUGCGCUGCCAGAGCCAGCGCUGCCCGCCGCUCUCCUGUGGCCCCGCCGAGGCCCCCUUCCUAAGACCCGGCAGCUGCUGCCCCCGCUGCCUGCACCGGCCGGCUUCCUGCAUGGCCUUCGGAGACCCCCAUUACCGCACCUUCGAUGGCCGCCUGCUGCACUUCCAGGGCAGCUGCAUCUAUGUGCUGGCCAAGGACUGCCAUGGAGGGGACUUCAGCGUGCACGUGACCAACGAUGACCGGGGCAGGAGGGGCGUGGCCUGGACCCAGGAGGUGACGGUGUUGCUGGGAGACUUGGCGGUGCAGCUACUGCAAGGCGGGGCGGUCACGGUGGACCGGCGCCCUGUGGCCUUACCCUUCCUGCAGGAGCCCCUGCUGUAUGUGGAGCUGCAGGGACGCACAGUGAUCCUGCACGCCCAGCCAGGGCUCCAGGUGCUGUGGGAUGGACGGUCCCAGGUGGAGGUGAGAGUGCCAGGCUCCUACCGGGGCCAGGUCUGCGGGCUCUGCGGGAACUUCAAUGGCUUUGCCCAGGAUGAUCUCCGGGGCCCAGAGGGGCUGCUCCUGCCCACUGAGGCUGCGUUUGGGAAUAGCUGGCAGGUCCCAGAGGGGCAGGGACCUGGUCAGCCCUGUUCCCAGGGCCUCGAGGUGGAUCCGUGCCGGGCAGCAGGUUACCGUGCCAGGCGGGAGGCUAAUACCCGGUGUGGGGUGCUCAAGUCCUCCCCGUUCAGCCGCUGCCAUGCUGUGGUGCCACCAGAGCCCUUCUUUGCCGCCUGUGUGUAUGACCUAUGUGCUUGUGGCCCCGGCUCCUCAGCUGACACCUGCCUCUGUGAUGCCCUAGAAGCCUACGCCAGCCACUGUCGCCAGGCAGGGGUGACCCCUGCUUGGCGGGGCCCCACUUUCUGUGUGCUGGGCUGCCCCCUGGACCGUGGCUUCGUGUUUGAUGAGUGUGGCCCGCCCUGUCCCCGCACCUGCUUCAACCAGCAUGUCCCCCUGGGGGAGCUGGCAGCCCACUGCCUGAGGCCCUGCAUUCCCGGCUGCCAGUGCCCUGCAGGUCUGGUAGAGCACGAGGCCCACUGCAUUGCACCAGAGGCCUGUCCUCCAGUCCAACUCACUGGCGACCAGCCACCGAGUGCUGUGCCCAGCCCCAGCCAGGAGCCCCAGGGGGCACCCUGAGCCAGGACAACACUGGGACACAUCAGGCCACAAGCCACCCUUUGGAGAACAGCUCCCACCCUGGCUAGAGCUGUGGAGAGACUGCCCCACCUGGGCACUGGGGGCCUGGACCUGUGUCCCACAAAGACCUAGCUGUGUUCAGUCAGAAGCAGUAAACUUGGGGCCUGCUGUGA